AUGGAGCACUUUGAAGCCGACGUACUGUCCCCCGAGGAGUUUAUCAUGGCGACACCGUCAUCCGACAUGGCGCCCAAGGCCGAGUCCCCGUCCUCGUGCCUUCAGAGCUUGCCCGAGGUGUAUCCGGGUACAUCGUCACAAUCUCCUGCGACUCGCGUAGAGAACCGGGACGAGGAAGGCAAGCUCGACGAGCCCUACGCGAAACUGAUAUACAAGGCGUUUAUGAGCCGCGAGGACCACGCCAUGUCGCUGCAGGACAUCUACCAGUGGUUUCGCGACAACACGAACAAGGCACUCACGGAAAAGGGCGGCUGGCAGAACAGCAUCCGACACAACCUGAGCAUGAACGCUGCAUUCUCGAAGCGCCGCAAGGAUGACGGCGGAACCUUCAACGCCAUGCCGGAGGACCCAAAACGGGCCAACGAAUGGGUGCUGGAACCGUGGGCCGUCCAAAGCGGCGUACAGAGCACGACAAGGUACCGCAAGGGCAACUCACGCCGGCGGGCGGGCGCACGAUCGAGCAACCAGCAGUACCCCCGGCAGCCCACCCAACACAGCGCCAAACGAGCCUUGUCCGGCCGCAAAGGCGGCUGUGCGGCGAGGGAGUCGAGGAUGAGGGACCGUGCCGCGUAUGGCCAAGGAGCCACGCCCAUGGGCCGCUACUAUGGGGGGCUCGAGCAUUCGCAAGGGCUCCCUACUCCCCCGCGAUCGACCAUGCCGGAUCUGUACCACCCCGAGAGCUAUGCGAUGCCGCAGUUCGAGCCGAUGGCCCAUGUCCAACACUUCGACGGCAUGGGCCCCCCUGCGGGGUCCGUUGCGGAGCAUCAAUUUGGGCUGCUGCUAGGGCAGACCAACCCCGGCGUCGGCAACACGGGACACGGCAUGGUCGUUGUUGGCAUGAAUGGGCAGGACGGCGUCGGCGGAGACCAUGUGGGCCUCAUGUCGGCCUUCAGGCCGGCGCCAGGACCGCCUCUGCAGGGUCAUGACGGCGGCGCGUACCCGUAUGGCGCGAGGGGCUUGCAGAUGGCAGCAUACCAAGGCGGGCAUCAAAGCCAGCAUCAGCACCAGCAUGAGCAGCAGCAGCAGCAGCAGCAGCAACAGCCACAACCAGACUCUGGCGACCUGAGCGGCACAAGUACAGCAGCCUCUCGGCUUUUCGAGGUCCUGCCGGGUGGCAUCUGUGAUUGGACUGAUGGUGGCUUGUAA